CACAGGGUGUUAUUAAGAAUAUGAUCAACUAGGACAAAUAGUAGAAGAAGGGGAGCACAAAAUCAGGGAUUUUGGGAUUUACCCAAGCGCGGAGAAUAACAUUAUGAGGGAAACCUUGCACCCUGUUAAGUAUCCUCUCCAAUAUAUGAAACUUUUAUACAGGGUCGUGCGUGUAGGGCACCCGACCAGAGUAGUAAAAAAACUGAUCGUUAGAAAAACUCGAGCAAGGUGAGUUAAUUUCAUGCACAAAGGUGUCCAUUUAAAUAAUCUGGCGAUUUAACCGUGACAUAAGGAAAUUGGAGAGUCACAAGUUGCAAAAAGUACAUCACUUCGACAUUCUCGAGCCUGGUUAUACCGUAUGAUCGAAUAAAAACAGCGUCAGCGAUGGCUAUGAAAUGAAGAUCGCUGUCAUUUUAUAUGUAAAAUUAUAUGGGAAAUGUCAUCGAUCGUCAUUUCAUAGCCAUCGCUGACGCCAUUUUUAUUCGAUCAUACGGUAGUUUUUACUUUUGAAGGAAAUCAUUCAGAAAUCACGGGAAUGACAUAAUCUGCUGAUUUCCACAUUUGGCUGAAAUCUCUAAUAAUGUGUGGAGCUGAGAACUAUGCAUUUCUCUCUGUAAUACCAACAAUUUGUAAUUAAUUAAACAUUAGGUAUAAAAAGUUAAUAUAAACACAUUUUUAAUGUUAUUUCCCAAGAAAAUAGGAUUACAAAUGUGAAAGUAAACUCACAUGAAAUUUUAUGUCAAACCUAAGUUAGUCACACUGUUGUAAAUCAAUAGGUAUCUAAUCACACAAAAUCCCUAUGCAUAUUAUGAUGUUUACAAAAAUCAAUUAUCAGAAAGUAAAUAUAUUUUUUCUUGUUCUAUUUUUAGAAUAUCCUAUGUUAUUAUUAUACGUAGAAACAGAGCAUAUUUCAGAUUUUUUAAUUAUAUUAUAUCUAUAUUUAGAGAGGCGUUCAAAGAUGACACUUGUUUGAUCAAUAAAAAAACAUCUCUAUCACUUGCAUAGCGUUGGAUCAAUAUUUAAGAUGUGUCAUAAAUAAUUUGUCAUUAAACACAACUUCUUAAUUUAAUAUGAUUAAAUUAUAAUGAAUAAAAUGAUAAAGCCGGUUAGGCAAUAUUGCAAGACUCAGGAGAGAUACUAAAAAGUUUAUUUUAAAACUUCCCACGAAAUUUACAGUUCUAAUAAAACCCAGAAAAGGAAACAGGAAUAUUGUUUAAUCAAUAAUGACCCUGUCUGCCCUAAUUUAGUACGUUUGGUCAAUAAUUUCUUAAACCUACUCCAUAAUUCACAUGUUCUCUUAAAAAACUGCAAUUUUUUCGUAAUGCAACAACGAAGUAAAACAGGCUUAACUGCCAGUCCGACGAAAAAACUACCCUACAACCCUCACCGACAGAUUCAAAUUCAACUAAAAGCCAUCGCAGUACCCGCGCCCUUCAAUUGGAAACCUUAUUCAGGUUUCUUUAAUCCUUACGCCCCUGGAUGUUCAUUAUUAUGCAACCAUCCGAUCGACCAACAAGCCAAGGAGUUACUUAGAAAAGCGAAGGAUAGCUGGAAAUGCAGCAAAAACGAAGAAAUCGAAAGCUUACGGUCAGGACUGAACCAGCUCAGCCACAGAGAUAAAAAUGACGAAAACUACUGUUCACAAAUCGAAAGCGUACCCGAGGAACUGUUCCGGAGGUACACUGAAACCGAUUCAAGACCUCUAACGCCCGCACCUACUUUGGCUAGUGCAGCGACAAGAGCCUCAGCUACCCGAAGAUGCGUCACUCCGGAAGCCAGUACCGGAAACGGUAGGGCGAGGUUAGUUUUGGAUCUGCGCAGAACACACAGCCAGGAAACCAUAUCUUACAGCGCAUCGCUUCAAGAACCGCCAAUAAUUCGAAUCCAGCACGUACCUACUAGGACUGUAAGUCUGGAAAAUUUACCCCAACCGAAGGUAUCACCAUCCAGAAGAAGUUUACCUGUACAUUCGCCGAGGAAAAUCAAGUCAACUAAUGCUAGCGUCAGAUGUCAGGUCGCAGAGCCUAUAAAACUGGACGGAGAAGAGAAACACGAAGAAGAUGAUGAGGAUAUUGUUAAAAGAAGAGGUAAAAAGAAAAAGAAGAAAGGACGAGAUGCUUCUAGAGGUCCGCCAGCUUUCCAGGCUUCUUUGGAUCCGGAAACGCAAGUAGCUACUAUAGGUAACGAUUCUAACAAUCCAAGUGCGAGGGCUUCUCUGGUACCUGGACAAGAAGCUGGUGAAGGUCCCACUUCUGCCUCUUCCGAGCACAAAAAGAAACAUAGGUACCAUAAAAGCUUGGAUAUAGAUUCGUAUCUUGAUGCUGAAAUCCUGAAACACCUUCGUAGGGAGCUGAACGAAGAAAUAGUCGAUAGCGAGUUAAAUAUAAAGCGUCGCAUGGCUUUAAUAGAGGCAUUAAAAGCAGUGCCCAAGGAGAGAAUUGAUUGCGACGAACUCGUUACUCUACAGAAAGAAUUAAAGGUGCCUCCUUUAAACAGCGAAGUCUGGAUAUCUUUACCCAGGAUAUUCACUAGAUCCAGUGCCAGAUUUGAAUUGCCCAUGGACAGUAGAUCUCUAUCAACAAUAACCCCACUGAUUUACGCAAAAGAACACGUCAGUAUCACUUCAGGAAGAAAGCUUCUCUUCAAUUGUGUAUUCAACAAAUUCAAAAUGGAAACCGACAUCGAUGACGCCUAUGAAAGAAAGAUGUCUGGUGCGAACCUACAAGAAGCUCUGGAUCUUUUGAUGGGCCGUCCAAUGACAGUGAAGGAAACUGAAUAUUUCAGGAAUUUGGUUGGUUGGAAAGACUGUGACGUGUUUGAUUUUAAACUAUUUUGCGGUGUUGCCGCUGUGUGCGAGAGGGUAAUGGCGCCAUGGUAUCAGCCCAGGUUGCCAGAUCGGAAGGAAGAUCCUUGUCACGAGAUAGAAACCGCGGAUUUUGAAGUGUUGGAAAGGAAAUUGUGCAAGCAGAGUGUGGAUGAAAAUGUUUUGGAAUUAUUAAAAUGUAUUAAAACUUUAUGAAAUACAAUUUAUAAUAAAAUAUUUUUCUUUUAUUC